CCGACAUUUUGUUUCUCAUCGUACGAAGCAACGUCGUUGUCUUUCUCUGCGAACGUUUUCGGGCGAUUUCCAGCGGCUCGCGGAACUUUGAAUCGGAUUUUUCGGACACUUCGAGUGCCACCGGAAGUAAGUCAAGGUGUGAAUUGACGGUUCUGUAAUUCCCUGGAGCAUAAAAGUUAUCGGAAGGAGUAAUCGCAGUUAGAAUUUCUGGGUGGAUUUUUUUCCUCUGCUCUACGGCUGCGGAUAUUUUUUUUUUUGCUGGUGCUACGUUGGAAGUUGGAGUGAGAGGGCAAAGCGAGGUUCCCUUUAGGGCGAAAGGAGACAGAACAAAGGGGUCGUGUGAAAUGGAAUAAUCGGCCCGUGGUCCAGCGGAAGUAAAAGAAAGGCAAUUUUCAAUCCGAUCCUUCCCUGGCGGAAGCGAAAGUUUCAGAAGAUUACAAUACCCUACACACAUAGCAUAUUAAAAGAGAACGCAAUUUUUGGAGAUAGAACGUCGCCUUUCGGAUAACUCGGAACAACAACAACAGCAGCAGGAACCGAACCAGCCAGAACAGACACAAUAAUGGGCACUCGUGAUGAUGAAUAUGAUUAUUUAUUCAAAGUGGUACUGAUAGGGGACUCUGGUGUCGGCAAAAGUAAUCUACUAUCGAGAUUCACUAGGAACGAAUUCAAUUUGGAAUCGAAGUCAACAAUAGGAGUAGAAUUUGCCACUAGAAGUAUAGAGGUCGAUGGUAAAACAAUCAAAGCCCAGAUAUGGGACACGGCCGGUCAGGAACGCUACCGGGCCAUCACGUCUGCCUACUACCGGGGUGCCGUCGGGGCCCUGCUCGUGUACGACAUUGCCAAGCACCUUACCUACGAGAACGUGGAACGGUGGCUGCGUGAGCUGCGCGACCACGCCGAUCAGAACAUCGUCAUCAUGCUGGUCGGCAACAAGAGCGAUCUGCGGCAUCUCCGCGCGGUGCCGACGGACGAGGCGAAGGGAUUCGCCGAACGGAACGGCCUCAGCUUCAUCGAAACGUCGGCCCUCGAUUCGACCAAUGUUGAAACUGCAUUCCAAAACAUACUCACAGAAAUCUACCGGAUUGUUUCGCAGAAGCAAAUCCGAGACCCGCCCGAAGGCAGUGUGAUCAGACCGAACCUGGAAAACAUCGAAGUCAAGCCGACCAACCCGGGUGCGGAAUCGGUGGGCAAACAGUGUUGCCAGUGACCGCCACAAGCAGACCAGAUCGAGAAGAUAAAAGCAUAAUCGUAAUCGUCUUUAGAUACUUCUAUUUUUGUGUCAGCAUUUUUUUCAAUAUCGACGGACGGAAACAAUCCUGAUGUGUUCGAGAGACAAAAAACGGCCAUCCUGAAGUUGGGAGCAGGAACCGGCUUCGAUAAUGUACCGGGUCUACACCUUAUGCGACAAAACUGAUUCCCACAGCUGCAAGAUCUGUAUAAACCGGCAGCUCGAGUUCAAGUUCUUCAAGAAAAGUUCAUCAUAUACCAAUGUCGCUGACAAACCAACAACCCUCCUAUAUGUUAACAACAAUGCCCGUAAACACACGGUAAUAAGAACCGGCUCUGAUUAUAUACCUGGUUACACCAUUUUUGUUUUGAGUGAGUCAUGGCGUUUCAUUUUAAUUUUUUUGGUAGCCAUUGGUGACAUUUUUGGUGCUGAUAGGAAAGAAUGAGAAAGGAUAAAAAACCAUUUCGAAUUUGAAUUUAAUUGUUUUAUUUAAAUUUAAGUGCACUAUUUACAUAAUUAUUUAAUAUUCCAUUAAUCAAUCUGCUUGAGGAGUACCUCAUUUUAUGUAUCUGUAAUUUUAUUUGUAUUUAUUUUUUAUAAAUUUCAUAAAACUUAUUUUCUAAAGUUGUUUUUAAGGACACUGAAAGAUGCCCUACUUAAUGCAUCACUAACAAAGCACCUCUGCAUAGGACAGCACAGCGACGCCACAUCGACCGACAUCUUUUUCAGCACCACGGACCAGCACGACUAGCACAGCACCACCGACUCAGAAACCUGGCACAGCAAUACCGACUCAGCAUGACUGGCACAGCACCACAGACCCAGCAUGUCUGACACCACCAGACCAGCGCGUCUAGCACAGCACCACCAACUCAGAAUACCUGGCACAGCAACACCGACUCAGAAUUACUGGUACAACACCACCGAUCCAGCAGGGCUGACAUAGCACCACCGAUCAGCACACUGACUCCGCACGACUAGCACUGCACCACCGACUCAGCACACGACAGAAAACACCGCACCAAAUGACAUCACUUUCAUUUCUUCUUAUAAUUUUUUCACAACAAAUCAAAUCAGCUGUUUUUGACAGAAAACAUCUGCAUUUGUGUUAGUGUAAUAGAAAUCGAUAGAAACGAAUCCUGCCACCGAGCUUGAUCGUUUUCGAUUGGUUUCGAUCGAUUUCGAUUGGCUUCAAUGAACGUCAAUUGGAUUAGUUUCGACCAAAACAUUGGCUGAGUGAACAACAAUUUACCAAUCGAAAUCGAUUGAAACCGAUUUCAAUUGCCUGUUGAACACGCUUAAAGAAGAUGACGCAGCGUUCCGUUCUUUCAACUGCUAUCUCACCAACAGCAGAAACAACAUCAGCAACAACAGCAGCAAAACAGCAACAUUGUUCACUGCUACUGCAUGUAAUUCAACUACUAUUAUUACUACUACAACUACUAGUACCACGAAAUAUUAAAAUCUACUAUUCCAGCUAUUAUAAUUAUGAUUAUUAUUGCUGCUGCAGUUCGGCAAUUCUAGCAGUGAAAAGGUGGCAGUACUUUCUCUCGAUAGUGAUAAUAGUUUCGGUAUUGUGCUUUCAAUCUUAAAUGGAAAACCAUAAAAAACCCAAAACCCCAGGAGGUUGAAAAUGAAAUGUUACACCUAAUACCAAAAUAACCAGAAACAAAAACACAGAUCAAAUAUGUAUAGGCUAAUCGAGAAAAGAAUUGAAACAUAAGAACACUACUAUUCUUAACCCUCCCUUAGCCACAGAUUAAAUUGCAACCCUAAACAAAAAUCUUGUGAAAACAUAAACUACGAAAACAAACAAAUAUUUGAAUCACAUACUUUUCAGCUGAACCUAGAUGUCAAAAUUUCGAUUCCAGAAAGGGCUAAUACCUUAUCAUAGUUGUUGUUGUUCGGAGAAACAUGAACAGUGGUAAUAAUUAUCCGUUCAGUCUUUGUACCUUUUUUUUAAUUUUAGGCGGCGAUCGGCAAUAGUUCGAAUAGUAUGUUCUGCUCCCGAACGGAAUUGUUCACAGUAUCGAUGUUAUUCACCAACAAAAUCACAGAAAAAAAAAACGCUUCAUGCACCCGUUCCCAAAAACCAUAGACGUUUACACAUAAACAUUUCCUGGAGAAAGAUAAUCACGAGUGUUGAACGCAGAAUCAUGAAAAGUGUCAAUCACCGUUUUUUGAAGAUGGACAUUUUAGUUGUUGAAUCGAACAAGCCUUAAGACAUUAUUUCUUUUCAGUGUACUCUAAUAAGUUAUUCAUUAAUGUGCAUAUACGACCUGCUUUUUUAAGGUUUGACUUUUGUCUUAUUUGUUCUAUCAUUAUUAGUAUUUGAAAUGGGACAGACGAAUGGUAAGACAAAAGUUUCCCUCAGAUGAUGUAAUUUUUUCCGUUAGUUCCAAUUGACUACACUGCAUCAAUUUACUUUUUAAAACACCUCUCUGCUUGCCCUCGCUGAGUUCAUCAACAUUUGACCAGCUAGGAAGCUGCAGAGAACGUAACAGAAGGUGCUGAAUCCUUGAAACAACAGCAAUCCAACUAGGCAGGCAAACUGAUUCUAAGAAAGUGGACAAACCUACCAAAAGGUUAAAUGCAUUUGCAAGAAUGGCUUCGUACACAAACUAAGCAUAGCUGCGACCUGCAAAUAUCAACGGAGCUAGCAAACGCGAAUGAGAUACGUAGGCAUAAGUCAGUGAUAUGCUAGAAAAGUGAAAAACAACUAAGUAACGUUUUAUGCAGCUUUGAUCAACAAAAGUUAGCAUUAACCAUAGCAGAUUGCUGCAACGGAUCAUCAAAUAAAAUGCUGAGGAAAGUUGAAAAGUGUUGGGACGGUGUUUCAAUUAUUCCACCUUUUCGUCUUUCCGAAAAUGUCCCUACUUACAUUUCAAAUAAGGUCUAGUUCGUUCAUUUCAAGCUGUUCGCUUAUUUGCUAAGCUAUUUCUGUUUUCGAUUGAAAAUGUCUCGUGGUACUAUCAUCUGCUUAGAUCUUUUUUUUAUCAGCAACUGUAAUCUGUUAUGCUAUUUUCAAAACUUUAUUUUCCAUUUAGUUACUUAUGUAUAUUUGCAAUGUUUCUGUGGUGCCAGCAGCAGCAUGAUGCAAACAAAAAAUCACGCGCUUCUAGUUUGUAGAAAAUAAACGCGGAUAUGCAGAGAAGAGAAUGAUAGCAGAAGAAUAAAGUGCAGCAGCUGUUUGCAAUUUAUUAGGAUAAGCAGCAAAAGGGGCGCGAGCGAAUGAGCGAGCGACCGAACUGGAAGAAACAAACAAAACAGAAUUAAAAGACGCAGAGAAGAUGGCAAAACGUGCGCGGUGUUACGGACUGG